CAAACUCUUUCGUUUUCCUCCAUAUAAAAAAUAAAUAAAAAAAUUACAUUUAUAAGCCCAUAUAUAGGUGGAUAAGGUCGAUUGAUAUUCAAUUUAGGGAUGAGACGAUAGCCUCUGAGAAAGUAUAUUUGGCCUUCCCCACGUUCUCUUUUGCAAUACUGCAAGUCUGCAAUCAUGGAUUCCUUAAGAUCUUUGACAACCAGGCUCUUUCUCUCCCUCUCCAAGAAGAGGAAAAGAAGCUCCAAACGAAGGAGGAGAAGAGAAGAGAGGAGAAGAACGUACCGGAAGCUUCAGCUGUUUUUCAAAGUCUAAUCGAAGAAAGUCUGUAUCUUGAGGUCUGAUCGAAGAGAAGCGGCUGCUGCAGAUAGUCUAAACAAAUAGCCUUGGAUACGACGUAUCCAGACCGUAUUUAAAUCAGAAUCCGCGUAUCCAAGACGUAUCGUACCCGUAUCCCGGAUCGGUACGGGAUAUGAGGCCAAAAUACCGUAUCCGUGCUUCAUAGAAAUUCAUCUGUGAUUCUCUCUCACCUUCAUCUUCUUCUUCUUCGUUCUUCCAAACCCUACUCUCAGCACCAACAACUCAGUGAGUAUUCCAGAUGCUAUCAUUUUUCAUCAUUCCAAUCUCAGAUUUUAGAAAAUAUUGAUAAAUUUUUUUUUUCAACAAUUGAUAUUUACUAUAAAAUUCAAAUAAAAACAAAUAUUGAAUAACAAAAACAGAAAACUAUUUUUUCUUCAUUUUCGAUGCAAUAUAUUAAGUAUGCAUUAAUAUUCUCCUUUAAAUGCACUUAUUAAUUAAUUUUUUAUAGAAUUUUAUAAGAUAAAUAAGUCAACUAAUGAAGGUAAUUAUUAUAAUUAUCUGUUUAUAAGGAAUAAUUAGUUUAAUUAACUUUUAACUAGCAAGGCCACCCACUAUGUGUGUGGAGUGAAGUUAAAAGUAGUGAAAAAACUUCCCCUACAACUGCCACAUUUUCUGCUUUUUAAUUUUUUUUUCUAUUUUACAAUUUACCAUAUCAACCAUAUUGAUUCAUUAUAAUUCAUAGUUUUUUUAAUAAAUAAAGAUUAAAUUGGUAAAAAAUUUCAAUUUUGCUUUCUUCUCUUAAUAAUUACUAGCAACGUGCCCACGUUUCUCGCGGGUGAUAAUGUGAUGUUAAUGGAAAAUAGAUCGACUAUUUAUUUUUUAAACAUAUAAUAGUGAUGGUUUGGGUAUUUUUUCACAAUACUCUUUUAUUUAUUUAUAUUUUAUUAAUUUAAUUGGAUAAUUAUGUUAUUAAAGGGUAUUAUAGGCACUUUUAAAAUUUGGUGAAGUUUUUGACACCAAAAGAGACCUCUAAUUAUAGUAGUAGAGAUAUAGAUAGAUCAAGAUAAAAAUGCAAGCCAACCAAUAGCUUAACAGCAUCUUUAAAAAUAAUUGUGUGUGGGGGGUGGGGCCCACUCCGGCCCUAUAUUAUUCCGCCAUUGCCAGAGACUUGUUGGUCAUAUUCUCGUAUUAAAUUAAACACCAGCUUGCGAAGUUGCAAGAGAAAUUGGCUUCUUGGUCAUAUAUUAUAUCACUAAUCACCAGGUGAAGCCUCUCAGAUUUCCCUAUUCAUAUGAAAACCACAUCUAGAGCUAGCUGCCGAGCCUGACUUGAACCUAAAGUAAGCUACGGUUUGCGCGUAAAUUAGGAGAGAAUUGAUGGAAGAGGAAAAGGGUCCAGUUUGUGUAACGGAUGGAACUGGAUUCAUCGGUUCAUGGCUGGUUAUGAAGCUUCUGCAAAAUGGUUACACUGUUCGAACUACUGUUAGACCUGAUCCAGAAUGCAAGAGAGACAUCAGCUACCUCACAAGCCUGCCUAGAGCAUCGGAGAAGCUUCACAUCUUCAAUGGGGAUCUGAACCAACCUGAAAGUUUUAAUGUAGCAAUUGAAGGAUGCACCGGGGUCUUCCAUGUUGCUCAUCCUAUGCCUAACAAAGAACUUGAUGAAGCAUCGGUAACCAAACAAUCUGUAGAAGGUACCCUAGGCAUAUUGAAAGCUUGCCUAAAUGCCAAGACUGUGAAAAAGGUUGUUUACACUUCUAGUGCAGCAACUGUUGCUUAUAGUGGCAACAACAAAGACAUGGCGGAUGAGAGUUCAUGGAGUGAUAUAGAGUACCAUAGGUCUCUUGGAUUAUUUAGGAGUUCAUCGUAUGUGGCUGCAAAGACCAAAACAGAGCAAGCGGUACUGGAAUUUGCAGAAAAAAAUGGAUUAGAACUUGUGACUUUGAUCCCUCCAUUCGUCCUUGGUGGUUUCAUCUGCAAAGAUCUACCUGGUUCAGUGGAAUUGAUCUUAUCCAUGAUAUUAGGAAAAGCAGAUAACUUUACACAACUUCACAAGCUAAGUUUGGUACAUGUAGAUGAUUUGGUUAGUGCGCAUAUCUUUCUUUUUGAAAAUUCUAAUGCCAAAGGGAGGUACAUUUGCUCUUCAACUCCAACAUCAAUAGACGAAAUGUACCGAUUUCUUUAUGCAAAAUACCCUGAAUUUCGCAUACCCACAACUCAAUCACUGAAAGAAGCUUACAAAAUUUGUGGUUUCUCAUCGAAGAAGCUCCUGAAUACUGGAUUCACAUUUAAGCAUGGCCUCGAUGACAUAUUGACUGGAGCAUUUCAAUCUUGCAGAGAAAAGGGUUUUCUAGAAAGGUUCUUUGGCAAAAUGGACACAUGACUCCAUAAAAACAUUCUACUCAAUUGUUUUUUUUUUUGCUUACUUGACCUCCAUCUCUUUUGAAUUAUUGAAUUCACACACACACACACAUCUAUUGAUGCGGUGUUGGGAGGCAUGAUCUACAGAGUCGUGGGCUUGGACACUCUGUCCCGAUACCUGUCAAGACAGAAAUAUGUCAGGGAGGCCGGGGUUGCCCCCCUAUAACUCUCCGAUGUCUAAGACAAUAUUUUCUUGUGAGAUAAAGACAGAGAAAGGUACAGAGUGGAAUAGUGGACUUAUUUGAUUGGGAAGAAUUUUCCCUUUUUAUAGGAGAUAUUGGGCGGUGUAUUUUGCUCACUUUUCGAUGUGGGAGUGUUUUCCCUUAUAUGUCAAGGGCUGGGUGACUAAUGCUUGGUGCAUAUCUUAUAGCAUUUGGUGACAAUUUCAUAGCUUUUAGUGGCUAUCGAGCCAUAUAUUUCCGGUGUUUGUACCUUUGUACACAUGUGAUAUAAACAAUAUCCUCUUAUAAAAUGACAAUAGACAAUGAAUUAUAACGAACUAGUAUUUUCUUGAGCUAA